GGGCCUCGUGGCUGCGCACGGGGACGCGCUCCGGGGACGCGCUCCGGGCGGCGGCUGCGCGCGGGGCCCCCGUGGCGGGAGAAGCGCUUCCGGUGGCCGCGGAGGCGGCGCUGAGCGGGUCCAGCGAGCGGCUCGGCUGCAGCCAGGGAAGCGUCCAGGACCAUGUCUGGAGAACUUCCACCAAACAUUAACAUCAAGGAACCUCGAUGGGAUCAAAGCACCUUUGUUGGACGAGCCAAUCAUUUCUUCACUGUAACAGACCCCAGGAAUAUUCUGUUAACCAAUGAACAACUAGAGAAUGCAAGAAAAAUAGUGCAUGAUUACAGACAAGGAAUUGUUCCUCCAGGUCUCACAGAAAAUGAAUUAUGGAGAGCAAAGUACAUCUAUGAUUCAGCUUUUCAUCCCGACACUGGCGAGAAGAUGAUUUUGAUAGGAAGAAUGUCAGCUCAGGUUCCAAUGAACAUGACCAUCACAGGUUGUAUGAUGACAUUUUAUAGGACCACACCGGCCGUGCUCUUCUGGCAGUGGGUUAACCAGUCCUUCAAUGCCGUGGUCAAUUACACCAACAGAAGUGGAGACGCCCCCCUCACUAUGAAUGAAUUGGGAACAGCUUAUGUUUCUGCAACUACUGGUGCUGUAGCAACAGCCCUAGGACUCAAUGCAUUAACCAAGCAUGUCUCACCACUUAUAGGACGUUUUGUUCCCUUUGCUGCGGUAGCUGCUGCUAACUGUAUUAAUAUUCCAUUAAUGAGGCAAAGGGAACUCAAAGUUGGCAUUCCUGUCACAGAUGAAAAUGGGAACCGCUUGGGUGAGUCAGCAAAUGCUGCAAAACAAGCCAUCACCCAGGUCGUCGUCUCUAGGAUUCUCAUGGCAGCCCCUGGCAUGGCCAUCCCUCCAUUUAUCAUGAAUACUUUGGAAAAGAAAGCCUUCCUAAAGAAAGCAUGCUGUGAAGACACCGUUAUGUUGAGCGCCUCAUUUGACCAAUGUGCUUGAAUUGUCACCUGCCGAUGCACCAAUGCCAUGUAAGGGAAUGGUGCUCUCCGCCUCUCAUAUCCUCUCCUGGGAGCUUUGGACCUGUGGAGGAAUUAUAUUCCCUGAGCCGCUGCUCCUAGCCGUCUUGCAUGUCAGUAUGAACCGGUGGUGGAGUGUUCCCGGGGAAAGCCACAGACCCUGGCCUAUCCCAGGAAGCUGCGCCCUCACAAGCCCUGAGUCCCCUUCCAUUUCCUGUGCGGGUCUGACAGCCUCAAGCACAAAUACAGAUGUUACAUAUAUUCAAGCAGUAAAGCUAUUCAUGUAAACCAAAAUGUAACGAUAGCCUCAUUUGACAUUUUACCCACUUACAGAAGUUAUUUUGAGAAUUCAUGGAAGUUGUUUUGCCAGUCUCUUUCUGGUGCAAAGUUUAGGAAAGAUAACUCUUAAAUACUGCUAAUGGAUUAGUUUAUAUACUCAGGGAUGACAUCUUAAAAAUACCAAAUUACAUAAACCUUUGGAAUUCACCAACUUUGACAUUUCCUUGCUUUUCAGAUAAUAUGGAAAAAAUUAAUGUUCCUUCCUCUACCCAUCCUGCUUUACUUGUGGAAGUGAUUUAGGCUUUGAGGGAGAAAACCUAUCAAAUGAAUUGAGAAUGGGGUCCAUCAACAUCUUUCUCCAGGACAUUAGGAGUGGGUGGCCCACUCAGUGGGCCCAUAGCUUUGCAGACAUUGAAUUGAUGCCUUGUGUUUUCUGCUGGCUCUUGAUCUGAUAAAUGAUUAGGAUUACAGUAUUUCUGCAAAGACACAUACUGACUCAGACAGUCUUUUGACUUGCCUGGUCGUUAAUUUUUAAGGUAUCCACAUGUCAGCCUCAGAAACAAUGGAAAAUCAAAAAUGGAUUUAAUAAACCUAACCUUCCACUCCUGCUAAAUUCAAGCAAAAUCAUUUUUUUUAAAGCAAUACCAGAUUUCUAGGUAGAUAUAAGACUUGGAGACUAUCAUCUUGCCAUGUUAGUUUGUCGGACAUAAAAAUGACAGCUUCUGGGAUAGAGGAGUAGUACAUGUGGAUCAUUCCACCAGUAGUGUAACAGUGUUAGGAUUGUCAUGAACUUGCAGAUGACUGUGAAAGCAGUUUGGAGGCCACCUUCAGUGGCAGCGUCCCCACUCUUGAAGCUUUUACAGUCCUUUCUCUCAACGUUUCAAUUGCCUCCCAACCUCUAGUGUGGAGUAGAAGCUCCCCAUCUUGCCACUGAUGGUGGGACAUUAGGCCAUGGAGUCUGCCCCCAGCCUGUGAGGACUGGCUACACUAGCUGCUAGCAUGUAUCCUGAUCAUGGCUUGGAUUUCCAGAAAUUCUACCCCAAAAAGUCUGCUUUUGAACUUAUAUUAAUGCUGCAAAGUUAGGACACUGAGGAAAACGUGAAAUGAAGUUGCUUUUUCACCCUCCCAAUUCAGUCACGCCCCUGAACUCCUGGGAUCUUAAUGCCGAAAAGUUGCCCCUUUUACUCUGAUUUCUCAGUGACAAACACUGGACAAAAAAACAUAGUUGGCAUACUGCCGCAUUUUCUUUCUUUGACAGAAAUUGCCAUAGGGCCAGCCUGUCAUUUUCUUACAUGAAGGAACCAGCAAAUGGUACAAGAAGGUAGCCCACAAUGGCCACACUGUCCUUUUCCACAAUAAUAAAUGAAUAAACUUUGAGUUUUCCUCCCUCGUUGUAGUUUGCAGUUUUUAGCUUUGCUUACUUAAUACUGGACCCUUCAGUAAUAAUUUGGAGGUGUGCCACCUCACCUACCCUUCACAAGGAAGCUGUCAGCCUGCCCUAAUUCCAACGCUGAAGGGCGUCACCCGGAGCCAGAAGGGGCCAUUGGCUUCAGAACCCUUGUGGUAAGCUCGGAAGGGGCAGAGUAACUCAUGGGUCAGUCCAGCACCUCACUGGCUGUAGGGGGUCUGGCUGUAGCUGGACUCCCUCAGGCCUCAGCAGAGAAAAAGCCAUGGCUAAGUGUUGUUGAGCUACUCAUAAACACAUACAUUCCUAAGUUCAGGACUGCUGUUACGCUGACAUUGCAUUUUGCCCCCAUAGAGAGGAACAUAGGAUUUAAUUGAUAAAAUAGCUGUUACCAAACCAUAGGCAGAGGCAGCUUACAUUAAUAUCCAUGUGUUUGCAUCUUCAGAGCACUUUCAAAUGCUAUUCUGAAAAGCAGGCUUUGCUGUGCCCCUGUUACAAAGGUUCCACAGGUCAUUUCUCAGCAGUUUAUAAUGUCUGCUUGUCGGCCCUCUGAUUGCUCCGACAGCUCCAGUGGCUAGAGGUGCCUCUUUGCAAGGAUGUACUUAUCUGGGCUUUUGCUUUGGAUAUGACCAAACUCCUCUUCAAACAUGAAAUGACCAUUCUUGGCUUUUUUAAAUGGGGAGCUUGAAGAGCAUUCUACAUGAGCCCUCCUCCCCUGCCCCUUAUCUUCUCCUGAGUGGAAUGCUGGAUGAAGCAUAGCUGUAGGCACGUGACCCACAGAAAUCUCUGCAGUACAUCAGAAAGUCCACUGACUAAAAUCCAGUACUUCAAACAGUGGCUUUCUUGAAAGAUUGUUCCUGUGGUCUCUUUAACUUGCUGGCAUUUGCAUUGGGAAGAAAAUUGAUGUGUGUUGGGUCAGAUCAUAGUUCCUCAUUCCUUAAUUUCUCCUUUGUCUGUAUUCCUUUGAUAGCAGGGAACUGUUCCAUCUACGCAGUAGAUUCUCAGGAUUGUCUGCGAUAGAGUGUGAGUGUAGCAUUUAUUUGUUCAUUCAUUCAUUUGCUUAGUCAGCAUCCGUUUGCUGAACACCUGUUGUCUGCCAAGCAGAGCGCUAGGUGCUAGAGUCAUAGAAACAGGGCUUGAGCCCUGCUGUUGGGAGCUGUGUAGCAUAAUGAUGGAAAGAGGAGGUCCAGUCCGUGCUGAUUAUACCACAAGGCACAGAGCAGCAAAGAAGCACCCCCCAACUGUGGUAAGUGGGUUGAGAUUUGAAUAGGACUGGUCAAGGGCACAUGCUCUGCAGAAGCCCAGGGAAGACACAGCAUGGUUUGUUGGGGGAUUUGUGGAUGGUCAGGUUGCCUGGCCAUGUGGAGGAAACUGACUAUAUCACAUACAAAAGUGAAUGCCCACUGAUUCAUGACUCUAAAUGUAAAAAUCUCCAACUGUAAAACUUCAAGAAGAAAAGAUAAUAGACCAUCUUUGAGAUCUAGAGUUAGGCUAAGAUUUCCUUACACAACAAAGGCACAGUGUAAAAGAAAACUGAUAAAUUGGACCUUAUCAAAAUGAAGUUAAAAUUCUAUUAAAGAAAAUGAAAAAACAAGAAACAGACUAGGAGAAAACUUAUGCAAAGCAUGUAUCUGAUAAAGAACUUAUAUCCAGAAUAUAUAAAGAACCUUCAACACUCAUUCAAGAAAACCCAAUAAAAAAUGGGCAAUGUGAUUGAACAGAUACUUUACCAAAUAUAUAUGGAUAUCAAAUAAGCACAUAAAAAGAUGCUAAGUAUCUUUAGUUAUUGGGGAAAUUCACAUUAGAACUACAUGAGCUACCACUAAAUGCCUAUUAGAAUGUCUAAAAUAAACAAGACUGCCCAGAAAUGCAAAUCUAAACCACAAUGAGAUAAUGCCUCACAUCCAUUAGAAUGGCCACUAUCUAAAAGUCAAGAAAUAACAAGAGUUG